AUGGCUAAGUCUAACUCUUUAGUUAUUGUAGCCAUUUUCACAAUUCUCUUAGUAAAGGUGAUAGGUCGCAUGCCAAUUGAUUCAAGAUGGCACGAUGCACAUGCAACCUUCUAUGGUGACAUAAAUGGUGGCGAAACCAUGCAGGGGGCAUGUGGUUAUGGAAAUCUCUUCGAACAAGGGUAUGGCCUUGAAACCACAGCACUAAGCACAUCAUUAUUUAACGAAGGGUAUACUUGUGGUGCAUGUUUUGAGAUAAAGUGUGUCAACGAUCCUCAAUGGUGCAAAAAAGAUGUGAACUCAAUCAUUGUGACCGCAACAAAUUUUUGUCCCCCUAAUUACUCAAAACCUGAUGGAAAUUGGUGUAAUCCUCCACAAAAACAUUUUGACUUGAGUAUGAAAAUGUUCACAACAAUUGCCAUUUACGAAGCAGGGAUUGUACCAGUUCAAUAUCGACGCGUUCCAUGUGUCAAAAAUGGUGGUGUUAGGUUUGAGCUUAGAGGAAACCCUUACUUUUUAAUGGUUUUGGUUCACAAUGUUGGCAAUGCUGGUGAUGUUGUAAGAGUGGCCAUUAAAGGGAGUAAUUCUGAUUGGGUUCAAAUGACUCAUAAUUGGGGACAAGUUUGGCAUACUGGACUCAAUUUGGUAGGACAAGACUUGACAUUUUGGGUUACUACAAGUGAUAAAAAAGCUUUGCAGUUUGUUUCACUCGUUCCUUCCAAUUGGCAAUUUGGACAAACCUAUGAAGGGUCAAUAAACUUUUAG